UUGUGGGAUUUUUCAUUUUCGAACCAGUUUUCCCCCAAAGACAACCUAAAUUUGCUUUGCCUGAGCGCCUUAAUUUUAACAAUUUCAAAUUUUUUGUGGAUUCAAUUUUGGCCAAAGGAAUCCAAACCGUUUGAGAAAAAUUAUCCGUUUAAUCUAAAUUUAGGGGAACCAGACACAUAAGCGAGAUGCCAAUCUUUGCCAGGAACCUGCCUUCGAUUCGCCACAUGGCCAAGCGCAGUCUGAUUGAAGGCCGGCGCUCACUGACCACCAUUUCGGGCCUGGAGAAGGGCCAAAAUAGCGCUGGCCAGGUCCUGGCUCCCUGGAACAAGGAUUGGCCGACGAGGGAAGAGGGCUUUGCGGUCGCGCAGCUCCUUAGGCAGAGGCAGCAGAAGCGCCAGUGGAGCAACAACUACUCCGGCCUGGACUCCGCCAUGUUCCGACCCGUAACCAAGCCGGAUGAUAUCUCGAGCCGCCGGAACAAUGUGGUGGCCGCCCAGAAUGCGGCCAGGAGGCGGAAGGUCAAGUCCGCGCAAGUGCCCAACUACGACGACUCGGAAGCCUACAGGGCGCAACAGGAAUGGGAGGCCAAGCAGCAGGAGCAGAUGCAGGAGCAGCAGCAGGAACCGGAAGCCAAGGACGAGGAACACGACUACGAGUCGGACCUCGAGGUCCGCUCCGUUCGGGAGGCGGUCUUCGGCCAGCUGGAGGACAACACGGAGGAGGACGAGGACCGAGCCCGGGCCGACCAGGAGCUUCUCCAAAGGGUCGCCCUCGCCUCCUCCAAGCAGCAGGAACGUCCGCUCAGCGCGUCCAUUUCGCGGAAGGUCAUAUCGCCAUACAACUCCUACCGCAGCCAUCGCACUCGCUGGGCGGAGUUCCGGCACAGCAUGAUCUACGGCCGCACGAGCUUCUAGGCAUCCAAGAGCUUGUCAUGGCGAAAUCCACCCGGGCCAUUGACGCCUCUUACGGAAAACUCAAAUUCUCGUUUCCAUCGCAUAUUUUUAGAAAGCACAAAUAAAGUUAGUCUUCAAAAUUA